AUGGUUGGAUUUUGUUUUCCAGAUACCCCAGGACAUGGGAGUGGAUGGGCAGAAACUCCUCGUACUGAUCGAGGGGGUGAUUCCAUUGGUGAAACGCCAACUCCUGGAGCGAGUAAAAGAAAAUCACGUUGGGAUGAGACACCGGCAAGUCAGAUGGGUGGCAGCACCCCUGUAUUAACACCAGGCAAAACACCAAUUGGUACACCAGCUAUGAACAUGGCAACACCUACACCAGGGCACAUAAUGAGCAUGACUCCUGAACAACUCCAAGCCUGGCGAUGGGAAAGAGAAAUUGAUGAAAGAAAUAGACCUCUUUCUGAUGAAGAGUUGGAUGCGAUGUUUCCUGAGGGCUAUCGGGUAAGGAAUAAGCCAUGUACAAUUAUAGUAUCUGUGUGAUAAAUUCAGUGUAUA